AUGCGGAGCAAAGUUACCAAGACAUACGGUAAACUCAGACGAGACGGACAUCAGGUAUCCAUCCAGUGGAUCUCCAGCCACUGCAAGAUUCCUGGAAACGAGAAGGCGGACGAGGCUGAAAGAGAAGCCCACUACCUGACAUGCAGAGAAAACAUACCACUGACCAAAGACGACAUCAAAAGGGCAGCAAAGCGAACGGCAGAUGUGGAGAUGAAGAAGCUCCUGGCCAAUCUACACUGGAGGCACUCCAGGCUUGUCGCCCUCGAUGGUCCAUAUAACUACACAGGCUGUAGAUACAUCAGCCGAACUAACGCAGCACUCAUUCAUCGACUCCGACUUGGUACUGCUUUCACACGAGCUUAUAGAUAUAAGCUAAACAUGACCGACGUCCCUACAUGUAGACAAUGCCACACAAGCGAAGACAUCCAUAUACUACUGCACUGCACGAAAUAUGAGGACGAGAGAAAGAUACUCGAAAAGCGUCUCUUUACACUGGACAGCCGGCCACUUACCAUUGCAAAGAUUCUGGGCGCAUGGUCUAUAGACGACAAUUGCCGCAAGGCGGCAGGCUACCUGCUCCAAUUUCUCAAGGCCGCAAGUCUGCGGGACCUGUGA